ACAAUAUUAACUAAACUGCGAACAAAACUUUCAAAGAAAUCGCUGUCAAAUUUAUUAAUUACAAAACUAAACUUUGAGCUCCUAAAAUUUUCAACACUAGAUGUUGAAGAUAGCAACUAAGCAAAAAUAUUUGUUUUAAUCAGCUUUUAUUUACAUACGUAUGUAUGUUCGUAUACAAAUUCAAGUGCAGAAA